AUGGCGAUCGAAAAGAAAGGCGAGGAAUUAAAAUAUGUGGGGCUGGAGAGGAAGAAAUCGACAAAGAGGUGGAAAAAUAAUAUGAGGGCUGACUCGGUGAUUGAUGGAGAGAGUGGCAUGGCACCGCUGGAGGGAAUGGCACCCUUUAAUGAUAUCAAUAUUAUGUCGUCAUUGGAGGAAAGACAUGACCCAGAAGAAAAGCAUGCCACUGUAGAAUCUUCAAAGGACACACAUGAGAAGGGUCGGCAUUACUUGGGUAAACAGGGGAAUACACGGGCGCGUUUCAUUGAACGUGAAGAAUUCAUUAGACUAUACGUUGGCAAUGUCCCGCACAAUCGUCGUACCUUUCACGCCCCGAAAGCCCUUCUUCGUGCCAAAGUCAAAUACUUCGAUGACCUUUUCACGCAGAGCCCCGAGCUCAAGCACUUGAAUCUUCCCGACAAAGAACCAACUUCCUUCGCUCUAUUUCUCGAAUGGAUUCAACGCGGAGUGUACGCACCUUUGGACAUCGAAGAGGGACUUAUUUCCUUUCGAAGUCGCGUCAUCCUGUAUGGUCUAGGAGUUGAAUACGAACUUCAAGAACUUAUGGAUUAUACCAUGACCGUUCUCAUCACAAAUUAUGCAACGCAUGAUGAAUUGACGUUCGACGAAAAGUACGCCCAUUUGAUAUAUAUAGAUACGGAUGACGGUUCCAAACUUCGUUCGUUCGUGUCCCGCUCAUUGGCGAUUAGCCUUUUAGCUAUGGGUGAUUUUGCAGAGAAACAGACCUGGAUGGAAUCUGCUCAUCCGAAAUUGUGGAGGGAUGUAUCGAAUUGGAUGAUAGUUAUUAACAAGGGGAGCGCGGUGACUCCGUCCGUUUCUUCUUCAUCUCCCAAGCCUUUGGCACCUUCAAAGUGUAGUUUUCAUGUCCAUGAUGUAGGAGCGGCAUGUGCAUUCGUGGGUGAUAUAUUCUAA